AUGGGAAGUUCAUCUUCAAAAUUUCGAAAACACCUUCAAGCGGGAGAUGAAGUUCAGGCAUUGGAGCUGUACCGCAGCAACAGUGAACUGCGCAAAGCAUUAGAUCCCAACUGUUCAUAUGGGGACUCACAUCAGCAUGAGACACCCCUUCAUCUAGCAGCAAAGCAUGGGAUGCAGACUCUACUUGGAAUAUUUCUGUUUUCAAAAGGAGGAAAUCCCAAGAAAACGAAUGCAAGGAAAGAAACAUGUCUUCAUUGUGUCUGUAUGGAGACUAAUGCCCAGUCAAUCCACGUGGACAAGCGGAGAGCUGAUUGCUUGGGUUACCUGCUGAAGUGGCGUGGGGCAACUCUGGCUGAGGGUCAGAUAGAGAAGGUUGAUCUCGCAGCUCAGGAUGAAAAACUCAACACAGCCUUACAUUAUGCAGCUGCAUCAGGCCUGGCUAAAUGUGUAGAGGUAUGGACAUAUUCCCCACUGUUUAGUGAAAACGAAGAGGGUCCUGACACCCCUGCGACACUGCUUAAUAAAAGUGGACACGCUCAAAUUGCAUUGUAUCUGGAGUCCAAUAUGGUGUUGUCAAUGAGAAGAACUUCCGGAAAGGACAAUUUUUCCAUGCCCCCUGUUGAAGAAUAUUCUGGACUCCGGCCACAAGAUUUGCAAGAAGCCAAAGAUCAUUUACUUGUUGAAACUGCAGACAUGCUGAGUGUGCCACUGUUUACCGCUGAAGCCUUGCUGAGAAACCAUGAAUGGUCAAGAGAGAUGUUGCUAGAAUCUUGGAUGAAUGAUCCCGUUGCAUGCUGUGAAAAGUGCGGGGUGACUCCUCCUUCGACAUUAUUCAGUGACAAGCCACAGGUGCAGGAAGAUCUGGCCAGCCCCUUGCCUUCUCCUUCACAUAAAUCUCCCAGCCCUCAAGAUGCUGAGUGCAACAUUUGUGCAAACACAUUUCUCAUCGCUGAUGAACCUGUUCACAUGACCUGCACACAUCAGUUUUGUCAGAACUGUUGGGAAAGAUAUUUAAAUGUGAAAAUUCAGGAAGGCGAUGCUCAUCGCAUCACAUGUCCAGCAUAUAACUGCACCAUGCUGGUACCUAUCGACAUAAUAGAAAGGAUUGUUUCGCGAGACAUGGCACUCCGAUAUUUGCAGUUUGAUAUCAAGGCUUUUGUAGACAGCAAUCCUGACAUGAAGUGGUGUCCCUAUCCAGCCUGCGGCAGAGCUGUCAAACUUCCAGAUCUUGAUCUGGGGUCGAACUCUGGCACUAAACGCAAUAAGAUUCCUUCUGACACCUCAAGGGGCGUGGACUGUGGUGUUGGCCACUACUUCUGUUGGGAGUGCUUGGAAGAGUCCCAUGAACCAUGUAGCUGUGAAAACUGGAGCAGAUGGUUUCAGAAGAUCAAUGAAGUCAAGCCAGAAACAUUGGACGGCACAGAGCAGGAGACUGAACUAGCAGCUAACUGUUUGUGGUUGGUAACCAAUUCCAAACCCUGUCCCAACUGUAAGUCGCCCAUACAGAAAAACGAGGGCUGUAACCACAUGAAAUGCAGUAAGUGCAAGUAUGAUUUUUGUUGGGUGUGCCUAGAGCAGUGGAAACGGCACAACAGCUCCACCGGAGGCUACUUCAAGUGCAAUCGCUAUGAGGUUCUCAAAAAAGUUGAGGAGCAAAGUGCCCAGAUGGUUUCAGAGGCUGAGGUCAAGAAUAGAAACAUGCAGGAGCUCAAUCGGUUUGUCCACUACUAUACCCGGUUCAAGAACCAUGAGAACAGUUACAAGUUAGAAGAACCUUUAUUGCAAACAGUCAAGGACAAGAUGAUGAAGUUAGCAGAAGCUGUUACAGAUAAUGCCACAGCACAUGCAGAAACCAGGUUUGUAGAAGAUGCUGUGCAACAGUUGCUAAAGGCCAGGCGUGUCCUCAAGUGUUCUUAUGUUUACGCCUUUUAUCUGGAUGGGCCGGGCUAUAAGAAAAUUGUCUUUGAAUUCAUGCAGACAGAGCUUGAAGAAUGCACAGAAAUUUUAUCACAGAUGGUAAAUCGGCUAUACCUCCGCACUCCACGGCGCAAGAUCAUGGAGCAGGCACACAUUGUUCAGCGCAAGAGGCUGGAGUUUAUCAUGGCUAUAUCAAAAGGCCUGGUCCCUCCAGAGACACCUCCAAGUGUCAGGAAGUCCAAAAUGAAGAGGAAAAUCAGCGGCACUGAAGCUGAAGAUGAGGAUCUGCGUAAAGCUAUUGUAGCAUCUAUUCAGGAAGUUGAUCCAUCUAAUCCAUGGAUUAAAGAUGCAUCCGGUCGGCAUACCAAUGUGAUGGCACUGUUGAGAUGCCACAGGUCAGGCUGCAACAAAGUGCGAGUAAAAAAUCCACGAACCAAUGAACAGCAUGACUUUUGCAGCCGCUGGUGUAUGCAAGUGGACAAAGAAGAUCAGAGCAGGAAAGAAGCUGAAGGUCUGUCAGAAAUAAUUCUGGAUGAACACAUGGAGUUGCUGAGAGCCUUGGAGAUGUCCAGACUCCAGUACUUGAGGGACAAUGGACUUCUACAUGUUUCAGAAUCUCCUGAUGCUCAGCAGUCAACUGUCAGCAAGAACGUGGAGACCCGUAGUCAGAGCUACAGACACAGACCUCGCUCAAACAGUGCUGGCCAGGCCGCUAAAUUAAAAAAUAGAGCUUCGGAGCUGAGUUCCAUGAAAGAGCUAGACAUCGAGCUUCAGAGAUUUCAUGAACUAUCAUCUGGUUUUCCUAGAGGUGAACAAGAUGAGACCGACGGUGAGAGGGUCAGGUCACUGGUCAAAUCCAAAAGCCACCAUUGUCAUAAGCUGAAGCAGUCCAGUCGUUUUGAUGAGUGCCGGUCCACAGUAGUCCCUCGGGUUCCUAACAAAAGUGUGGAAGACCUCUACUGUCUUGACCAGGCUUCAAAACCGUCACCAUCAGAAGAUGUCCCUGGCCAAGAAGAACCUCCUGAAGCUACAGGCUCAUUGAGUGCAAGUGUUUUGAACAACCCCAGAGUUCUGCCGUCAGAUUCUGUUGACAGUGCCACUUCAGAUGGUAGCUGUGAGGUGGCAGAGUCGCAUCCUUCAAGCCCAUUACUAGCCACAUCAGAUGAAGAACAUCUGUCUUCCUUUUCAUCAGUUGUCAAAAAUUUUGAAUUUAUAGGAUCCAUGUUUGGGGCCAUCAAGGAUAUUUCUGUGUCCAAUAUUCACUCUGAUGAAAGUGAUAAGACCACUGAUUUUCUCAGGAAGGAUUUGGCAUCCAUUUUUGCAGCCUGGGAUGCAGAGGGCAGGGGAGGAGACGUGGCCUGUUCUGGACAUAAAGAUGAUCUAAAUGCCGGGCGAGGGCAUGCCAGAAGGCCACUUACCUUGGAAGACAGCUCAUGGCAAGGAGCAUGUGGUGUUAGUUCAACUGGGACAUCUCAGGCAAGGAGUAGACGGUUGGAAGCAGAAACAACAGAAAGAUUUGCAGAUGUGGGUUCUCCUGUUGAACAUGGUUCAUUUGGCAGAGAAAGCCAGCUUGAGGAUGGUCAGUUUUCUUCCAGACUGCAUGACCUUAGAUCAGAUGAGGAAGGAAGCUGUGAAAAUAGCUCAGAUGAUAAACUGUACACUGUGGGUGAUUUACCAGCACAAGAUGUUUCCUUUCCUGAAGUUCUAAAUCAGGACGAGGAUUCAGGAACAGCAUCUCAACUGGAGAUUGCAGACAAACUGCUACAGGCGAGAGCCAAUGCCCAUUCCCACAUUCGGGAAGCAGAGUCAAGUUCAUGUGGCUUAGCUGCGACUCCGGAGAUGACUGAAAAGUUGGCGGGAAUGCAGUCACCAUUGCCUGUACUAAGUCAAGAUACCUCUGCCACAACCAAGAACAAUGACAAGGGGGACAUGAAACAGCAAACUGUCAGCAUCAUUGUUCAAACAAACACAAGUGAUACCAAAGAUUCCCAGUGCCAAAGUCAGCCUAUAAACAAGAAUACACUUGUAUAUGAGUUACCAAGAGAUGACUGGACAGUAGGAGACGAAAUGCCAGAUAAGUCAGAGGAGCUGCCUGUAGCAGGAAGUGAGGCUGUCUCUACAGAAAAGGUUCUCAGUGUACUUGAUUCGAACAAUGUUAACAGGAAAUUAUCUGUUACAGAUGUACAUAAAUCAUACAGCUCACGUAAAGAAGAAAUUGCAGAUGUCCACAACAUGAAUGAUCCUGAAGUAUCUGCUCAUGAAUUUCCAGAAAAAUUUACUUAUAGAAGUAAUUCUCUAGGGUCCAAUUGUAAUGAGAACAUAGAUCCCAUGUCCUCAGAGUUCAGACUUAAUGACAACAGAGCGUUAGGUAUAUGGCCUGCUCAUGUACCACUCCAGCAACACACCGAGAUGUGUAUAGCUAUAGAUGAUACUAGCAAUGGCAGAUUAACCUGUGAUAAAACAAUUGACAUGUCUGGGAACAGUUGCCAAGACAUAAUACAGACAGAGAACUCAGAGGGGCACACACAUGCGAGGCCAGUCUUCUGCAGCAGCACAAAUCCAGGUGAUUCUACAGCCAAAGCCAUGAAGCAUUCGCCAGAGGCAUCUUCUAUUGCUGCAGCUGGAGCUAAAUCCCCAGAAUUCUCUGUGGAGUCGGAAGCAGUUGGCGUGGAGUAUUCUUUAAGAAGACAUGUUGUAUCUGAGAAACAGUCAUCCUAUGGCAGCCUUGCUUCAAGCAUGCCCCGAUGUGAACGUCACAGCAGCACACCAGAGAUUGAGAUCACGAACACAAGCAGUCAUCAUGGUGAUGAUGAGGAGGAUGGUGAUUGUGGUGCCAUUGCUUCAAGUGCCUUGAUUAAUGAUGCCUAUGAGACUGCAACCUCCGACGACAACUGGGAAGACGCCCACUCUGUGCUUCCUGUGGAGGAUGAGCAAUCAGCAGGCGCAGAUAAAGAUCAUGAAAAAGAUGACUCUGAGGAUUUACUUUCGGUGUAUGUUUAG